AUGGCCCAAACCCUCCUACCAGCAUCCAUAGAAUCACUCGCCACGGCUUCAUAUUCUCUAUUCGACGAAGUUGAAGGCCAUCCGGUACAGCCCAUUGUCACCCCAACCACGACGAGCAACUUGCAGCUUCACUUGCUGGGCAGAGUUUCCCCGAAAUCUCACUAUGCCCACAACCGAUUUGUAAACACCUACUCGACACCAUCGGCACGAUGGGCCGCACUAACCAUACGUGAUCCAGCCGCGACUGACGCUUUCAUCUAUGCGGUGCGGACAACCAAGAUCUAUUGUCGACCGGACUGCCGCGCCCGACUCGCGCGGCGGGCUAAUGUCGCGUUCUACGAUAACGUGCACCAGGCCAGAUUGGAUGGAUACAGGGCUUGUAAGCGCUGUAAGCCGGAUCCAGUAUCCCGGACUGCCACCGAAUUCCCAAAGUCAUCGAAUCCAACUGCAAGCGAAGUCCCAAUCGCUUCAGAGCAGCUUCAGAAUCAGAGUUCGAGCCACGAGCAAUUCACCGACACAGAAGACGCACGCACGAAAAUAAAACACGCGGUCCAAAUUAUCCAACAAUCCGCACAGCAAGGCUCGAAGCUGAGUCUGUCGCAGCUCUCCAAGGAAGUCGGCUGGAGUAAAUGGCACUUACACCGCGUCUUCAAACAAUUACAGGGAAUGACGCCGCGAGAGAUGGCCGACGGGCUUCAACCGAUGAGUAGUCGAGGUGACAGUGUUAGCGAGAACUUCAGGACAGAUCCCGUUCCACGAGAGGACGAUCUACCAGUACUGUGCAAUGGAAGCGAAUGGAUUGAUUUCGAAUCAACAGAUGGACUGUUCUCAUUGCCUCCGCCGCCCCUGACGUCGCUGCUGUCCACGCCGUCGACCGAUGAUGCACUCACGCCGAUCGCUUGGGGUGACGAAUUGUCGUAUGAUCCUGUACUUUUCCACAUCGAUGCCGCCAAGGACCAGGAAACUGAAUUGGAUGGCUUGUUGAAUGAUUUGUUCCCAGAGUUGUUUGGGGCACAUGGGUUGGCGGGUGGAGGCUGA